AUGAGUUCACAGCGGCUUGCGCUAUCGAAUAUUAUUCGACAUGGUCAACGAUUUGUUCAUUUACCACAUCCGAUCCCAGCUUCGGCUUCAAGUUCGGAUACGGAACCUCCACCACCAAAUCUUCCCCGAUUCUCCGAUGUUGUUUUACCAUUGGUGAACUGUUUCAACACUGGUCCACCUUCACUACAAUUUUCACCACUUAUCGGAAGUUCCCAUUGGGUUCCUUCACUUGUGCUAGCCGGUUCUGGACCACUUUCUCUUCGUGUCCUCCAGGGUAACGAACAUGCAGUUCAAUUUCGAAUUCCGCCGAAACCCACUGUUGUUGAGGUGGGUGUACAAACUGAUGACAAUGAAUCUGAUGUUUUAUCGGGCCUAGAAGUUACUCCUUCAACAGAAGACAAAGCAAAAUGGGAGAUGGAAAAUCUUUUAGGUGAAGAACUUCUCAGGAAAGGUGAACGAGGAGAUGCUAUACGUAGGUUUCAAGCUGCUGCCUCACAUGGAAAUCCUGAUGCUAUGAAUAAAGUAGCUGAAUUUCUCUUCACUGGCAAAGGUGUUGUAGAAAAUAAAAAGGAGGCGAUACGUUUGUGGGAACAAGCUGCAGCGCUGGGACAAGUGAGUGCUAUGUAUUCAUUAGCUGUAUACCACAUUAACGCCGCAACUGAGGGCGACAAAACGGUCGAUAAGAUGCGAGCGCUGCGAUUGAUGCGACGAGCUGCAGCUGGAGGAAACCCACACGCAGCAUUCUACCUUGUAAUUCGCUACAUCCGUGACUCAGACAUGGAUUCUGCCAAGAAAAUGAUUAGCAUAGCAGCACGGGACAAGAAUUAUGCCAACAAGAUGCGGUCGUGGGUGGAAGAAGAUUCGCUCAGUGAUAAAUUCUCUGGACUCGUACUUCAGGAGCUUUCUUCCCAAAUGUGCGAGCUGUCCAUUGAACAUGACUAA